AUGACGGACGCGGUGGACUUCCUAGACCAGUUCAAUGUGCGCCGGGCCUCGGAUGUGACGAUUCGCUUCACUGUGUUGGCUAGCGCGCCGGGCGCCGAGCCGCCAGCAAAGCGACAGCGCUGCGACACGGCGCAUGAGGAGCAGUACCAGCAGCAGGACCAGGGCCGGGAGCAGGAGCCAGGGGGGCAGCCGGACGAGACGUCGAGCCAGGGGCGGCUGCGGGCCGUCGUUCGGGAGAUCUAUGGGCACUCUAUGAUCCUGACAAAGGCCAGCGAAUGGGCUGAGCGCAUGCUCAGCCCAGAGUGGAGCGCGGAGACGCCAGGCGUGCUAGAUGUCGAGUUGGAUGAUGAGGGCGAGGUGCCGGCGGCAGAGCUGCUUUUCAAGAGCAUGUACAGCACCGCUGACGCUGGCAGGCCGCUGAAGGGGGCCGACCAGGCCACGCUGCUGCAGGUGCUGCUGCUGGCCGAUCGUCUGAGGGCGGAGCGCGCGUUGUGCGCUGCCGUGAAUGCCCUGCUUGCUACGGCCGACACCAGCAUGGCCGGCGUGCUCGAUUGGGACACAAUCCUCGCGCUCUACGCGCUGCCGCCAGCUGUGGCCAAGAGCAAGGCGCUCAAGCCGCUGUGGAAUGCCGGGGCGGCGGCGCUGCAGCAUCGACUGGGCGAUUUGGACGCAGCGUGGCUCGAUGCGGGCUGCAGGGCGCAGCUGCUGGCGCUGCCAUUUGAGGCCCUGCGGCAUCUGCUCAGCGACGAGCGCACGCGCGUGAGCAGUGAGAACACAGUGGUGUACACAGUGGCAGCCUGGAUCAACGAUAACGCCGGCGGCGUGGACGGCGCGAUGCAGCGCGCGGCGCUGGCGCACUAUGUGCGGGCGCCGCAUCUGUCGAAGCUGUACUGCGCCAGCGCCGGCUCGUGGCUGCUCACCCGCUGGUCGCCGCACAUAAGCGCCGCGGACGUCCACUGCGCCACUGAUUUGCAAGAGGCAGACGACAGCAGCAAACUGCGGACCAGGCUCCUGAAGGCGAAGGGGCUCCCCUUGGCGCACCGCUCCGCCUGGCGGCUGCCGCCGCGCCCCACCUCCAGCGUGAAAGAGGCGGUCGUCGAGUGGAGGGUGCCCUUGUCAGAGAUGCGGCAGCUGUACGAGCAGGCGGCGGCGGGGGCGGAGGUUGGCGAGAGUCUUCAGGUGUGCUCGGAAGCCGUGGUUUUCCAGGGUUGCGAGUGGGAAGCCAGGGUCAAGUGUAAGAAGCGCGAGGCGGGUGUGAUUUUACGCGCGACCUUGAAUGUGAGCCUGCCACCUGGCUGCGGCGCCGCGGCGGUGCUGGCGGCGAUGGUCGCAUUCCAGAAGAAGCCGCCCGCGGAUGACGCGCACGACCCGGCUUUGCGAUUUUCGGCGUGGUCGAUUGAGGUGGGGACGGGCCAGGGCUGUACGGACGUUUUCGGGCUGGGCGAGUUGAAAGAGUGGGACGAGGUGGCGUGGCGCAACAAGGGCCUGGUGGGGCAGGACGGUCGCGUUGGGGUGCGCUUCACCAUAAGAGGCGUAAAGUGA